GUCAACAAAAGAGAAAGAGGAGGUUGCGGGUUAGUGUGGCGUUUGUGAACAUACGGGCCAUUCUCACAAUUUUACACUUAACAGACGUGCUCGCCGCGGAGGGAGCGAGAGCGACUCUCGAGCAAUGGCGGAGGCGGACCUGGCCACGCCCGUGGAAGCGUGGGAGGACCUGUUCAGACGGCGGGAGCUCGCCGCCGACAUCAUACGCGACUUCUGGAAGGAGUCGGUGCCCCGUCUGGCGGAGCCGACGGCCACCGGCGCCGACCUCUGGGCCUACGACGAGGCGCGCUGCCAGCGGCUCCUGCUGCAGCCGCUCUCGCAGCUGCUGCUCGGCGAUGACGAGACCGCGGGCCAGGCGGCCCCGACGACGUCCGGCAUGUGCGGUAAGGUGUUCAACAACGGCGACCCGACCUACAGCUGCCGCGACUGCGAGCAGGACCCGACCUGCGUGCUCUGCGCCGACUGCUUCAAACAGUCGGCCCAUCGCCAGCACCG